AUGCAGCGCUACCGCCGCUACGGCGCCUCCUCGGAGGAGCCCCACAGCACCCAGGAGGCGCCCGAAACCCCGGAGGAGGUCUUUGAGGAGCGGGCCGCCGUCGAUGAGGAGGUGACGGACGACCUCCGCCAGACAGGAGGCGGCGGGGCGGAGGAGGUCACGGCCACGCGGGUUCCUCCGCUUUCUGAUGGGAAGCCGCCUCCGCCGCCGUCGUCUGAAAGCAAGAGCGGCGAGAAGGCGUCGGGAGGCGACGCGGGGACCGGCGCCAAGUAUUCCAUCUUCACCUGGUUUGCCGUGCUGGCACUCUUGGGGGUCUGGAGCUCCGUGGCCGUGGUCUACUUUGAUAUCGUCGACUACGACAGUGUCGUUGCCAGAGCUCAGGAGUUUCGUACAAACUUUUCCCAAGUUUUACAAGGAAAGUUGACGGCCUACGACACGGACGGAGACGGCGACUUUGACGUGGAGGAUGCCAAAGUCCUGCUCGGCCUGACCAAAGGUGGCGACGCUAGCGCGCGAGGCCAGUCUCUUGAGGAGGUUGUAAAUAUUUUGGCCGAGGAAGGCUCUGAUUGGAUGUAUGGCUUCUUCACCUUCCUCUGUGACGUAGUCGGCGCGCCCGUAGAGCAGGAUGAGGAAGAGGAGGAGGAGGAAGAUGGCGAGGAAGAGGCGGCCGGGACGCGCCAGCAGGGCGGCGCUUCUUACCUUGAUGACGUGGAAGUCAAAGGGAUGACCGGAAGCUUAGAGGUUCCCGCAGGAAGCAGGCGUACAGAAGAGGUAGGCGGUGUUCAUUGCCCUGCGCAUGAUGACACCAAGCGUAUCCGCUACACGGGUCGCUUGGCUGGGCUGCCGCGGUUGGAGUCCAAAUCUGAAACUAGCCAGCAACUCUCCGUCCGAGACGAGGUGUUGCGCUCCGUCCUACGAGAAGAACUGAGAGACGCGGAGGAGACGACGGAGGCCAGGAGGAUCGCUCGCGUCGCCCUGUCCGAGAUCCGAAGCCUCCUGGCCGAGGACGACCCGAACCGGGAGACGGCCCGCCGGCUGGAGGCCCGGGCGCUGGAGCUCGCCCGGGAACAGCUGAAGCUGGAGAAGGAGCGGAUGGCCGUGGAGAAGGAGCGGAUGGCCGUGGAGAAGACGAGGAUGGAGGCGGAGAGAGAAAGGAUGGAGUGGGAGAAGGCCGAGCGGGAAAAGGAAAGGGCGCAGAGGGAAAAGACGGAGCGGGAGAAGGCCGAAAGGGAAAAGGAAAGGGCGGACUGGGAGAAGGCCGCGAAGGAAAGGCUGGAGAAGGAAAGGGCGGAGUUGGAAAAGGCCGCAAAGGAAAGGACGGAGAAGGAAAAGGCGGAGAGAGACAAACUGGAGGCCGAGAAGGCGGAGAACGAGAGGCUGGAGCGAGAGCGGCUGGCUUUACGGAAAGCCGCCGAGGAUCGGGAACGGCUGGAAAAGAUUCGGGAACGAGAGAAGGAGAACAAGGAAAGGGAGGAGAGGGAGCGCGUGGCCAGAGAGAAAAGCGAAGAGGAGAGGAAGAAGAUGGCCGCUCAGGCGGAGAAAGAACAGAUGGCCAAAGAGCGGGAAAGACUGGAGAAAGAAAAGCUGGAGCGGGAACGAGUGGAGAAAGCCGAGCGCGACCGACAAGAAAAAGAAAGAGCCGAGAAAGAACGCCUUCUUAAAGAGAGAGCGCGACUGGCGCAGGAGAAGGAGAAAGCGGCCAGGGAGAAGGAGCUGGCGCUCAGGCUUUCCCGCGAAAGAGCCGCUCGGGAAAAGGCCGAGCAAACGGAAGCCGCCGCGGCUCGCAGGGAAAAGCCCGGCGGUGGCGCCGCCGACAAAACGGCGGCCGGCGGGAGGAAGAAGGCGUUUGUCAAAGCCCGGGGAGGCGAGAAACUUUUCUGGCAGGGCGUCCCGAAACGCGAAACUGCUGAAAAGCAGUCGACCAAUGACGAAAGCGGAGACCCUCAGGGGGAGGAGUCGGCGGGGGCGCAUCCACAGGACCCGCCCACAAACUCAGAAGCUGAAUUGGACGUGGACUCUGAAAUCCAAGCCGCCGUCCCUCUGCCCGCGUUUGUGGAAGAAGACUUUGUAGCGGAUGAUCCUCGAGAAGACGCCGAGCAUCUUCACGGUGAAGAAGCGGACGCCAUCGACACGAACGGAGUGGAGGAGAAGGAGUCUUCAUCUCGGCAGAGCGUCGUGGAAUCUGCAAAAGAUGUCACCAGCUCCAAGUUGACACAAGAAGACGAAUCCCCAAUGACGGCAGAGCAGCAAUCUCAAGCGACAGGAGAGCAGAGCGCCCACGGAGCAUCACCGGUGGCUGCGGCAGAGCAGCAGACCGAACCGGCGGAAGCGCAGAACCGGACCCCGAGAGAGACUGGCAGCGCACCCGAAGAAACGGUCGCGGAGAAGACGAAAGAAAAAGGUUUGAAGAAGAAACCCAAACUGCUCAACAAGUUGGACAAAAGCAUCAAAGCGGAACUGGACGCCGCCGAAAAGCUUCGCAAGAAAGGUAAAGUGGAGGCGGCCCUGCAAGCGUUUGAGGCCUUGGUUCAGAAGCAUCCGCUGAGUCCCCGCGCUCACUACGGAAAAGCUCAGGCCGAGGACGACCUGGCCGAGAAGCGACGCAGCAACGAGGUGUUGCAGAAGGCCAUCGCCAGCUACCGAGACGCCGCCGAGCUUCCGGACGCCGCCCCCGAUCUGGUGAGAGCGGCCCUCAAGAGGAGAGCCGAGCGCCAGCAGUUUCUGGGCCGUAUGCGGGGCGCCGUCACCACGCUGGAGAGGUUGGUGCAGAUCUUCCCGGACGACGUUGGCCUGAAGAACGAUUUGGGCGUGGCCUUCUUGUUGCUAGGCGACAACAAAGGAGCCAAAAAGGUCUACGAGGAGGUUCUGGCGGCGGCGCCCGCCGACGGCUUUGCCAAAGUUCACUACGGCUUCAUCCUCAAGUCGGAGAACAAGAUCGCGGAGAGCAUUCCGUACCUGAAGGAAGGGCUGGAGUCCGGAGCGCCCGGCACCGACGACGGCCGCUUCUACUUCCACCUGGGAGACGCCCUGCAGAGAGUCGGGGACGAGAGCGCGUACGACUGGUACCGAGUGGGUCACGAGCGGGGCCACUUUGCGUCGGUGUGGCAGCGCUCGCUCUACAACGUAGACGGUCUGGAGGCGCGGCCCUGGUGGACCCCCGAGGAGACCGGCUACGGCCAUCUGGUCCAGGCGCUGGAGAGGAACUGGAAAAGCAUCCGGGACGAGGCUCUGGCCGUGAUGGACCGGAACACGGGCCAGUUUGUACCGGAGGAGGAGAACCUGAGGGAGAAAGGAGAGUGGGGGCAGUACACGCUCUGGCAGCAAGGCAAGAAAUCCAGGACUGCCUGUCAGGCGGUUCCAAAGACCUGCGCCCUGCUGGACAAAUUCCCUGAAGCCACCGGCUGCAAGAGAGGGCAGAUCAAGUUCUCGGUGAUGCAGCCGGGCACGCACGUGUGGCCCCACACGGGACCCACCAACUGCCGACUGAGGAUGCACCUGGGAUUGCUCAUUCCCAAACACGGAUGCCGGAUCCGAUGCACGGACACUACCAGGGAGUGGGAGGAGGGCAAAGUAUUGAUCUUCGACGACUCGUUCGAGCACGAGGUUUGGCAGGAAGCCGAUUCCUUGCGCCUCAUCUUCAUCGUGGACGUGUGGCACCCGCAGCUGACGGCCAACCAGCGCCACACGCUCAGCGCCAUCUAG